GCGGACCAGCGGAGGAUGGAGGGAGGAGGGACGGGGUGCGGGUGCCGCCGCCCGCCCUCGGCAGCCCUGCCCCCGCAGGGGCACUCGCCCCUCGCCCCCUCCCGCUGCGGGGCGCGGCCCGGCCGUGCCCUAACGGUCCUGCCCUCGCCCCGCAGCUCCGCGCCCUUCUGGAGGCCCUGGGUGCCCGCGCCGGGCGAGGUGGGCCGGCGGAGCGGCACCGGCCCCGCCGCGCCUCACAGCCCCUGCGGGCAGGCGGAGGCCUCCCGAAAGCUGGCGCAGUACACGCACCCCGUCAGACUAUUUUGGCCCAAAUCAAGGUGCUAUGAUUACUUAUAUCAGGAAGCUGAAGCACUUCUGAAAAACUUUCCAGUUCAAGCUACAAUUUCCUUUUAUGAAGACUCGGAUAGCGAAGAUGAUGAAGAUGAACCGGAACAAGAUUCAAGAAUAGAAUCAGAUUGCUGA